GAUGAUUACAAAGAUGGCGACUGAAUCGAACAGUGACGGGGAGGUGCAAUAUCGGGGACAGGAGAGGCGUGAUGCCAUCUGUAAUUUUGUCAUCUGCAAUGAUGUUUCUCUUCGAGGACAGCCAAUCAUCUUUAACCCUGACUUCUUUGUGGAGAAGCUCCGACAUGAAAAGCCUGAUGUUUUCACCGAGCUAGUGGUUAGCAACAUCACCAGACUUAUUGACCUGCCGGGGACAGAAUUGGCUCAGUUGAUGGGGGAGGUAGACCUGAAGUUACCCAACGGGGCUGGCACAACGUCAGGAUUCUUCAGAUCGCUCAUGUCUCUCAAGCGCAAAGAAAAAGGAGUUGUAUUUGGAUCACCAUUAACAGAAGAGGGCAUUGCUCAAAUAUACCAACUGAUUGAAUAUUUGCACAAAAAUUUGCGAGUAGAGGGCUUGUUUAGAGUUCCGGGAAACAGUGUCCGACAACAAAUUCUAAGGGAUGCUCUUAACAAUGGGGCUGACGUUGAUUUGGAGUCUGGGGAGUUUCACUCAAAUGAUGUGGCCUCACUGCUGAAGAUGUUUCUGGGGGAGUUACCAGAGCCCCUGCUAACCCACCGGCAUUUCCACGCACACCUGAAAAUUGCAGAUCUCAUGCGGUUUGAUGAUAAAGGAAACAAGACCAGCAUUCCGGAUAAAGAGCGCCAAAUUGAAGCCCUGCAGUUGCUCUUCCUGAUUCUUCCACCACCCAAUCGUAAUUUGCUAAAGCUGCUUCUUGACCUUCUCUACCAGACAGCAAAGAAACAAGACAAGAACAAGAUGUCUGCCCACAACCUUGCCCUGAUGUUUGCCCCUCACAUCCUGUGGCCAAAAAACGUCACUGCGAAUGACCUUCAGGAGAAUAUCACAAAGCUGAAUAAUGGGAUGGCUUUUAUGAUUAAGCACUCUCAGAAGCUUUUUAAGGCUCCAGCUUAUGUUCGAGAAUGUGCCAGGCUACAUUAUCUGGGCUCUAGGACUCAUGCAUCAAAGGAUGACCUGGAUCUGCCCGCCUCAUGCAGUAGUAAGGACUUUCAGCUUUCAAACUCCCAUAAAAGGACCCGGAUGAACACUUGCUUCCAACAGGAAGAGACGCAACAACGUACAGAGGAGGCCCUCAAAGAGUUAUUUCGACAUGUUCACAACAUGCCUGACUCCGCAAAGAAGAAGAAGCUAAUUCGACAGUUUAAUAAGCAGCCAACAGCUCAAACUCCAGGAGCAGAUGGAUUUACUCCCCAGUUUCAGAGACGGACCCGUUCAAGCUCCUUCAGUGGACUUAUUAAGCGCAAAGUUCUGGGGAAUCAGAUAAUAAUGGAAAAGAAAAAUAAGUGUUGUACUCCAGAAUCUGUGGACAUUGGUGAAUUGGACAGAUCCAGCAAAGAAAAUGUUUGUUCUGGAUCUCCAGCAUUGAAGGUGACACCAGCAAGAUUAAAAUUGCCUGAAAGCAAGAAAGAAGGGAGAAAAGGAAUCCUGUAAAGGAAACCAGAACUCUCAGGCUUUCUAAACCAGAGACUUCCAUUGAGUGCAAUCUAGAUGGGAGUCACCGUAGAGAGUGAAGCGUGGACUUGCAGCCUGCUGCCUCCUGCAAUUGGAAUUGUCAGAGCCAACUAAUGCUAUAACGUGACUGUUACCUCUAAUUCUACUCACUGGAUGAUUAUUUGGAAACUGUGCCUUCUGAGAGAGUAUCGUGAACUUUCAUUUUUUUACUCUUUCAAAAUAUGGGGAAACCACUAUCUAACAGACAACUUACACAAUAGGGUGAAUACUUGGAAUCAAGUGGGCUUGAGAGCUCAUGCAUUGUAGCAGCUCAGUAACGUCUUUUUUAGUCUGAUAUUUGUGUUCCUCUGUCAGCAUCUAUCUUUUAAAUAUCGCCUCAAGCUUUCUUUGGAUACUGGCAGAUUUAUUUUUGUACUGAUAUUUUUGGCUUUUCUUUGUUUUGUUAUGUCAUUUUCCUGUGUAAAAUCCUUCAUUUCCAAUGAUAAAAGUCUUAACAUAUGAGGGUUUGAGCCAUUUUUUGAAUAUGUCAUUUGACCCUCUAUUUCUGUCUUCAGGAAGAAUCCUCUUAGGAUUUGGGGAAGCUGUGUAGUCUCUUGCUUUCAUAUCCCUUAUUUCAAUGUUUAUAUCUUCAUCUGAGGCUGUUCAGGAGUCUCUUUUUGGAAUAUUUUCUUGGGAUCCAGAGAUUGGAAUGUGUUUAUCUGAAUUAAAGCAUGAAAAAACCAACAGUUUGCAUAAAUGCUCUAGUAUUUAACAAAUAUUUUGGUUAUGUUGUGUUUUCCCAUUUAAACUAUUACAUACUUUUCUUUCUGUUUUUCCCUUAUCGUUUACAAUGACAAAACAAUUGUGUGGUUGCCAAGCUUGUCUCCUCUUCAGUCAGUUGCCUCUUGCCUAAACACACGUCUGUGUUUGCAUUUUAGAACCUUUGCCCUUUAUUGUCUCUGUCUCAAAUAUCUGGAAAUCAGAUCAGAAAAGUUGCUGAUGGCUCACAGGAGACCUGUUAAAAUUUAUGUCCACUGGGCUGUAUGUGGUUGAAGCUCUGUACUGUGAAUGGGAGGGAGCCAGCUUGCCUGGUAUUGAGAGUUGAAGGAGUCAUAUGGGGAGGUAGAAGUACCAAACUGUGGCUUCUUAGGGGAACUCAUGCAGUCAUGUUUCCCUGGCUCCUGAGAAUAAGUUGGGGGUGUUGGGGUAUCUCUUGGAAUGAUGCCUUUGAUGAAAUCUGUGCUGAAAGGAAUGGUUGUUAUACUCAUGUCCUCGCUCCUCAUUAGGGUGAGUGUGCAUGGUUAUUCAGAGACGGUGCCAAAGAUUUGAGUGGAAUGAUGUGGGUUGGUCAGUAGGAGGCUCUCUCUCUCUCUCUCUCUCUCUCUCUCUCUCUCUCUCUCUCACACACACACACACACACAUUGUGUGUGUGUGUGUGUGUGUGUGUGUGUGAGAACAGUCGUGGGCUAUGAGUUGAACUUGCAAAAAUUAUUAACUAAACAAACAUCUUUGUUAGAAACUUUAUUUCAUGCUGCCUCUGUUGGUGCCAACAUAGCUGGGUUUGAGGUUUUUCUUAAAUUAGUAAAAAAAUCCUGUUAUCAUUGAAAUGAAAGUUUAUCCUGAUUGUUGAAGUGUAUUCUGUAUACAGCUUAAGUGCCAGCCCAUCCUUACACAUUUCUGGUUUCUGGGUCUCUGUCUUGCUACUGUAACUGUAGAGGUGAAAGCAAGUAAGAAACAGUAAGAACCCCCUGUCUGCUAGAGCAGAAGCUUUGUUUGAAUGAGGUGAGAGACGAAGCAAAAUAAGCCAGCUGAGGGGCACUGUUCUCAUCCAGAGAUGACCGAGGUCGUUAAAAAAAUUUCUCAUAAUCAACCAAAUUACAUAUUUGGUUUCUAACAUUUCCCCCCAUGUGAAAACAAAUAAAUAACCAUUCUCCACUAGGUAGCAGUGAAUCCAAACUUGAGCCCAGUUAUUUUGCCACUUACUUAAAAAUAAAAUACAACUCCAUGCUUGUUUGCAUUCUUCUUUGUCUUCUUUUUUUUAAAACUUAAUGUUCUGUUAAUUCAGAACAGAGAGAGCCCUGGCAGUAUGGUCUGACAUCAGUUUGGAAGGGGAAAGGGACAGUCUGGCACCCUCUGGUCUAUGAGGUGGUUAGUUAUUUCUGGUGCUGCCCUGGAGAAGUACUUCAUAUUAUGGCAUUAGUUGUUUGGGUGAAGAUUUUUUACUGUUGGGUGUUCCCGAUGUAAUAGAAAAGUAAUGCCUAACCACUCCCUUGGGCAAGGUAACUUGUGAGGCAUUUCCUGUUAUUGACUUGUUAUCAUUCUCAUUGCCUUAAGGGUAUCAUGGGUCAUUUUGCUCACAAAAGUUAGCUUAAAAAAGUUAAGGUGCAGGUGUUACGUACAAUUUGAGGGGUUAACCUCCUACCUUGUGAUCCUAGACUGACCUAAUAUUGGAGAAAUCAUAUUCAAAAAGGGACUUAGCCUUUUCUCCUUUGCCACAACAUGACAGAUCUCCCAUUUGGAGUGGAGGAGGUAUGUGUACUGCAUUGGAGCCAAAGUUUGUGUUUGACAAAGGGCAGGGAGGGUAAUAACUAAGUUAUUUAGGUUUAUGUGCUCUGUUGUCUAUGUGUUUCCUAUGUUAAAAUCACCUUUUUGGACAGGCCUCUAGCCAGUUUACAUAUUUUAUUACCUUCUAGGGUCAGUUAGAAUGGCUUUUCAUGUGAAGCCAGUUCAAGGCAGUGUAUUUGUGUGGAAAUGUGAACCACUCUUGUUCUUUGGGAGAGCCAUGGGACUGAUGGGGAUAAAUGGAGAACCGCUGGCACCAGUGUUUCGGACCUUUUCUUUUUGAUUCUUUGUGGGGCUGUUUCAAAAAGACUGCAGCUGUAAAAGUAAGGAAGGUGUGGCCUACACUAGGGAAGCAUGGGCCUAGUUUGACCUCCUGAAACUUCCCUAGAGUGGACCCUGUGCAGAGGAAGGAAUGCAGGUCUGACAGUGUUUUCCCUGGCUAAGAGUUAGUGUUCAAAGGGAAGCCCUUGGAAAUUCUGGUUGUAAUAGGGCCAUUGUUCAGUCUCAGAGGUGAAGAGCCUCCUUUAGUGAGCUUGAGUUCACGGUGCCCAGUCAUCGUAUUGGUCUUCAUUGUAAAAUCAUCCUCUUCUGUCGAUACCAACCCUAAACAACUAUUUCUACCGAUUCUUUCCAAAGGACCUAGGAUUAGGGUGCAACUAAAAAUAGGAUUUUCUGGUUGAAUUUGUGAUCGUUUUUUGAAUUGUGCUCCAGGGCGAUUGGCAGAAUGGACUUCUCUUUCUGCUUUCUCAUCCCAUGCCAUGUUGUUACACCCUCCAUCACUCCACUUGGCCUCAGGGGGGCCGUGCAGGCUCCUGUGGAGCUGAUUGCCUUAGUUGCAAGCAUCCAGAUAGUGGGGAUGGUGUGGAAAAUGAACAGAAGAAUGACAAUGAGCCCCAAGGAUGGAGCUUUUUCCCCUUUAUUUCUCUCUGAAGGAAUAUCCUGAAUUAGAGCCUGACUUGAUACUAUCGUAUUGUCCGGUGCUAGGAAGAUUUUUUUCCCCCCCCAAGUUUUAGAGCAUCUGAGAAUCUUUCUAAGCCAAGAGUUUAUUUGACUUGGGCAAUUAGUAUAAUCUAAACAUCUUUAUAAAAUAUUCAGUGUUUCCCACCAGCUUAGAUUGGCCUUUGAACACUAUAGUGUUGAUGGAAGGGCUAGUGAAUAGGUAUAGCCCAGAAUAGCCCAAGUGCUGAGUUGCCAUAGAAACCGUGGUAUAGAGACUACAGCCGUCACUACUAACAGCCUUCGAGAACUAAAAAGAGUCAGUGAAUUCUGCCUCAAACCUGUUGGAAAGUAACAUGCUGCAAACCUGUCAGGAUCUUUCGUACACAGCAGGUGCUGCUGCCUUUGCACAAUGCUAUAGGUCCAGUAAUAGACAACUAAGGUUUCUGGAAAACAUGAACAAAAAAGCUUCUCUGUUUUUUAAAAAAUAAUUUUGUUUCAUUCCACUCUAUGUGUAACUGUAAGUAAAUAAGUAUAUGUAACAUGG